CUGUGCACCGUCCUCCAUGCGUGAUUUGUUUACAGUCUGGUGAAAAUGGUUAGGUAACGUCGGUAGCUCUUUAAACUUUCGCGUAAUGGUCAAUAAAAUGUUGGAAAGUAGAUCUAUAUCCUAUCUGCACAUCUUUUAAAUCUUUAGGGGCAAUGGCUUGAGAAGUGAGUAUAUUUCUUGAGAAGUGAGUCUAUUUCUUCAAAAUGAGGUUUUUGACUACAGGGGAUGCUGUUGACAAGCAUCCUAACAACACUAUAAUAAUAUCACCAACAGAACAAAUGUUAUCUUCUUGUACCGGUGCUUUGAUGACAUCACUGCUAAUGACUCCAUUUGAUGUUGUGAAAAUCCGCCUUCAAUCUCAAGCUAAGCCAUCAAAUUUCACAAAAGGACAUUGUUUUGUUUAUUGUAAUGGGCUGAUGGAUCAUUUGUGUUCGUGUGUGAAUGGAUUGACUCAUUCCUCUGAGUGGUACAAGAGACCUAGCCAUUUCAAUGGGACAUUUGAUGCUAUGAUAAAGAUAUCCAGAAAUGAAGGAAUUACUUCCCUUUGGAGUGGCCUUCCUCCUACUCUAGUGAUGGCUUUGCCUGCCACUGUAGUCUAUUUCACCUGCUAUGAACAAUUGAAACAAUGUUUGAGAUAUGACAGUAAUGUCCACACUGACAGGUGGAAGCCUUUGGCUGCUGGUGCCACUGCCAGAGUCUGGGCAGCCACUCUGAUCAGCCCUAUAGAAUUGAUUCGCACCAAAAUGCAGUCCACACGUUUCACAUACACACAAGUUUGGAAAUCUGUUGUUGACUCUGUUAGAGUGGAUGGAAUUUUGUCUUUAUGGCGUGGCUUGGGGCCUACAUUGUUGAGAGAUGUCCCCUUUUCAGCUCUCUACUGGUCCAACUAUGAAGCUCUUAAGGCCUAUAUCAUUUACACUUGGCCACGGUCUGAUCCAACUCUAUCUUUUGUUGAAUCCUUCAUGUGUGGAGCUGCUUCAGGCUCUAUUGCAGCUGUCAUUACACUUCCAUUUGACGUAAUCAAAACGCGUCGACAGAUUGAGCUAGGAGAAACAGUAUUGUUAGGUAAAAAAUCUGAGACAAGGUCUACCUGGAAGAUUAUUCAUAAAAUUUAUUCCGGUGAAGGUUUUCGUGCUCUUUACACAGGUUUGAUCCCCAGACUUUUGAAAGUAGCCCCAAGUUGUGCCAUCAUGAUCAGUUCCUAUGAGUCUCUCAAGUAUUUUUUCAUAGUACGAAGGAAGAGGCUGGCAGAGGAGGGCCAGCUAUCUGUCAACGUCCCAAAAAAUACAGACAUGAUCCAACCAUUGCCCCUCUCCAAACCAGGUGACCUGCCACCUCCUUACUUAUUAUCUGGUGGUAGAAAACCUUUUGAGGUUGCAGGUACAACUCAGCAUGAAACUGAUCGAAAUUCCUGAAUCUCAGAGUGAAAUUAUAGAAAUGAAAAUGCAUUCAUGUAAAUAUUUCAAAGUGAUGUUCAAAUCAAUAGACUAGCAGAAAGUUGAAGGUUACUUGAUGAGAACUCUGUGCAUGUUUUUGCCCAUCAUGAGAUGUGUCUGCAUGACCUAGAUAAUCAGAGUUGCAUGAAUUCUGUGUGUGUUUUAACUAUUUAUUAUUAGGGCUGGUGAGAUGCGCCAGUUAAUAUCUAUUGACAUUAGUGCUUUAAGCAACAACAAAUGUUUAAAGUGUGUCUUUGAAUAUUUAUUCCUACAUUACUAAUGUAUUCCUACUGCACUAAUGUUAGCUGCCAACUGUUGCAUUCAGAUAGCAGACAAUAAUUUCAUUGCCCAAAAUAGUUCAUUUUCUUGUAUAAAUAUAUAUGUACUGUUGCCUUUCAGUUUCCUGUAAUCCUCUUCUUAGACAUUCCUCUAGACUUUAGUUGAUUCUCUUCAAGUUGUAAUAUUCUAUGAGAGGAAACACUUUAGAAACACACAAGAAAAUGUUUUAAAAUGCUGCACAUGCUAUUUGAGAGUGUCUUCAAGUAGAACAGAAUGGAACAACGUCAAUGUUUAAAAUUUAAUCCAUGGUUUUAAAGAAUUAACAUCCCCCCCUUUUUUUUUUAAUUCUGUUUUAGUAAUGCUUGUAUACAAUUUGCCACCAUUUCAUGAUUAAUUAUUCUUGGCUACAACUAACAGGCUUCAUUAGAAAUUGUAAAAGUUGCUAGAGGGAUUGACUUUGUGCAGUGUAAAUCCAAAUGUAAACAAUGCACUAUGACCUGGAUUUGCACUAUAAUUAUAAUUUGUAUUGAAACAUUUCUAUUGGUAUAGGUGCACUUUAAAAUAUUAAUCACUUCCAUCAAUAUACCUUCAUUAUAAUUUUGUCACAUUUGAGUAGUUCAAGCUAUUUAAACUUUGUCACAUUUGAGUAGUUCAAGCUAUUUAAACUUUGACAGCAUCAUUGAAACAACAACUGGUACUUCCUCUUCACUAAAGAAUGAAAUACAUUGUAGAAAUGUUAUGAAGCUAACCUUAGAGGUUUGUUUUAUUUAAUACCUUUGAGUUUUGUUUUAUUUAAUACCUUUGAGUUCCAUUUUAUUGUCUUCAUGUUUUUUUUUUAGUGCUAUACAAAUACCAGAAGAAAAAAAGUCAUUUUAAAAACAUGGUUUAGAUAUUUUAAAAAUCUACCAUGGUCAAAAUCUUGAGAUUACUUAAAGUUUGAACAGUUGAUCCAAGUAAAAAGUAUUUUGAACACCUCCAAAGAAUGACAAUGAGUUGAACUCAGAUGAAUACAAAUACUGGUUUGAAAAGGUAGAGCACUAAAUGCAAAGAAAUGAUUUUUACAAUAAAGUUAUGAAGAUUAUUUUUGCCAACAUUUGAACAAUGCAAACAGUAGGAGGAACUCUUUCAAAUCAAAGCUUCUUUGAGAAAUACUUUAGUAAUGGGCUUCAGCACUAAAAAGCCAACACUGUAGUUAGUGGAACAGUUCACCAUUGUGUCCAACUCAAAAGCAGGUCAGUUAUUUCUCACACACUUAUGAAAAAUUAACUUUCUAGGUCCACAAGCAAUUUUAAUUUCCUUUUUUUUUCAAUGUCAUCUUUCAAUGUUGGGAACAAGUGGAUCAUCAUUGUUUAUUGUCACUAGUACAUCUUUCAAAUAUUUGCUUCUUCCAAGUAAAAUACAUGUCAUUCAUUGUCACUAGUACAUCUUUCAAAUAUUUGCUUCUUCAAAGUAAAAUACAUGUCAUUCAUUGUCACUAGUACUUCUUUCAAAUAUAUGCUUCUUCCAAGUAAAAUACAUGUCAUUCAUUUGUGUGUUUUGAAUCAAAUGUCCAGAAUACUUGGUUUGGGUUCAAGUUAUUACAAAUCUUUGGAGUCAAAGACAUUGCCUUAUUAUUAUCAUUUCAUUGGGUUGUUGAACGAAGAAGAAGAUUGGGUUGUAUUUUGAAAAAUGAACAUAUUGUUUAUCAUUAUGUCUUAUAGCAAAAACCAACAUAAGAAAUAUAAGACUAUUCUAUUACAUAUAUAAUUAAUAUAAUUGUAUUGGAAAUGUGAGACUGCCAUGUCAUAGCUAAAAUUAUUUUUUAUCUUGACUUUAAAAAGCAAUUUCUUUUUUUUUCUUCUUCCUUAAUGUGUUGUUUUGUAAAUAAAUGUUUCUUGUCAUAUAGAUUGUUGAAGUUAUUCAAAGAAACAUUCUGAUGGGUCUGCUAUAUCAAAUGGUUUGUAUGUGAACAUUUGUAGAGCAGAAGCAAAUAGUUCAUGUUUGUCUGCACUUACAUUGAUGUUUUAAUAUUUUGGACACUGUUGAAAAAAAUGUCAUUUGUUGAUUGAAGAGUGUUACAAUGUUAUCAAUAAUAAAAGAAUGUAAAAGCUCA